CCGCUGUGGCAGGUGGAAAGAUGACUACAAAAGGUGGUAGAAGUAGUGCUACUAGACAGUGUUACUUGAUGCAACCAUGAUGAUGAUCCAUGCAUGCUGCAUCAUAUUUCUCUCUCAGCUGCUCUCCCUCACUGGGGCUUCUGAGAGCGGCAUAGUGGGUGGAAGAGUCGCAAAGCCCCAUUCAAGGCCCUACAUGGCAUCACUCCAAUUUGACAAAAACCACUCAUGUGGCGGGAUACUUAUUCGGAAGGACUUUGUUGUAACUGCUGCACACUGCAAACAAGAUGAUCGAAAAAUGACAGUAGUACUCGGAGCACAUGACAUUAGCAAGAAAGAGAAAAGUCAGCAAUGGAUCCCAGUGGCUAAGUACAUUCCACAUCCACAAUACAAUGGAGGCAUGGAUUAUGACAUUAUGCUACUUCAGUUAAAAAAAAACGCAACACUGAAUCGGUACGUGAAGACAAUCGGAUUACCUAAGAAAGAUGGGAAAAUCCCAGCCAACAUAAAGUGUACAGUUGCUGGCUGGGGCAAAACUGGAAUGGACAAGCCUCUCUCGAAUGUGCUGAAGGAGACCACAGAGAAGAUGCAAUUCAACCAUGAGUGCAAACACAUAUGGCAAAAGUACUUCAGUGUUGAUCACAUGGUAUGCACCAAAUUUGACAAAAAGAACGGAGGAGUCUGCCAGGGUGAUUCUGGUGGACCGCUUAUCUGCAACACCAAGCCUCAGGGUAUCACAGCUUACACCUACCAAAAGGACUGUAAUGAUCCCAAAUAUCCCCAUGUCUUCACUAAAGUCCCCUUCUUUAUCCCUUGGAUUAAGAAAGAGAUGCAGAGAUUGGGAAAUGUUGCCUGAGAGUCUAUUCAAGAGGCCAAGAAUAUUGCCCUUUCUCCACUGGAUGCAUAAAAUGGAUGCAUUACUGGUUUAGGUCUUACUUUCAAGAAAGAAUUAAAGAAGCUUUAGAUGUGGAAAAAAAAUCUGUCAUUUAAAAGUUGGUGUUUUGACGUUCAGCACAGCAUCUCACAUUUACGGCAUCUGUUUACUGCCUACUUCUUUUCACAUCAUCUUGCUAUAGCUUGUCUCAUCAUCUCUAAAGUGUGUUCAGCUCACUUCUGCAAAAUUCCUGUGCAAACAUGUACACACCAAGCUUUAUAUUCUUUUAUUUUUAGCAGCACAAUUUUAAGUGCUUAUAUAAAGUCAGAUGAAAAAAAAAUUGAUCAGAAGCCUUUGAAAUUGAAGAGCAGUGAAAAAAAAAAAAGAGUGGGUGGAGGGGCAGGUACAGAGCGUGUCACUGGGUGUGAUGGUUUACUUGAGCUGUGAAAGUUCAAAAUAAUCAAACCACAGACCACUAGCUUUCAGUCAUAAUGCAAACUCUUGAAGUUGAACCGCUUCCUGUCUGUGAACCCAGUCAUCUGUGGAUGACGCAAAGAGAUGUGUAAAUUCAGAGGAACAUUUCACUUUCAAAUGAAACUGUCGUCAGUCAAAACUUAAUUUGUCUGAAAACGUACUUUUACCAAAAAUGAUUAGGACAUUGUGAUUUUAGGCUGAUUAUAUGACAGAAAUAAAAUCUGGAAAAGCAAAACUGA